CGUCAAUUCAAAUUCCAAAAUUUGGCAACUGUUCCAAAAUCAAACACAGAUCCAUUUUUGAGCAGAUUAGAACCAUUUUAUUUAAAAUUGUUUUCAUAAAAAGAGCUCUGAUUUUUUUUGUUCUGGCCGGAAAUCUUAACUAAAUUUUAAUCGUUGCCGGCAUCCUUGCCGACAAAAUUCUGUAUGUAGUCUUAGGCUGUGUUAACUAAAAAUUAUAAUUUUGGAACGAUUUGUAUUUAAAAAAAACUGUGGAUUUCGCUACAAGUUUUAUAUAAAAACAAAUAAUUAUUUAAAAAUUGUGUAAUAAAUUAUUUGCGUAUUUAAAAAUAGAAAAAAGGAGUUUAAAUAUGCAACACACUAGUUCAUCCAACAGAAGUAAAAAUCACAGUCGCGGACGCUGGGGAAUUCAUAAAAAAAAAGACCAAGGAGAAAAUGAAGUUAAUUCCAUUCUUUUGCAAAAUUUUAAGAAAUAUGCCGAAGAGCUUGAUGAUAAGCAUGAUCGUUAUGAAAGGAUUAUUAAAAUAUCUCGGGACAUUACAAUAGAAUCGAAACGAAUAAUUUUCCUUUUACAUACAAUUGAUAUAAAAAAAGGAAACUCCGACAAGGUUUUAGCUGAAGCCAAACAUCGGUUACAAAAUCUUUUUGCUAAUCAAUUUUAUCUUAUUGCGAAGGAAUUGCAUAAGAUGGAUGCUUAUCAAUAUUCCCGUGCUUAUUCGGCUGGCCUACAAGAAUUUAUCGAAGCUUUCUCGUUUUAUGAAUAUUUGAAUAAAUCAAAUUUGUCCAGUUGGGAAAUAAUACAAAACCAUUUGAAGUUUGACAUAAAUGUAGAUGUAGAGAAUAUAGAAAACAAAAUUGAAUCAGAAAAUAUGAAAAAUAUAGAAUUAGCAAAUACUGAGACCAAAAAUACAAUCGUUAGUUGCCUUGUGCAACCUACUGAAUACAUACUUGGACUAGCAGAUGUUAGCGGAGAAUUAAUGAGACGUUGCAUAAACUCUUUAGGAGUUGGGGAUAUUGAAGUUUGUUUCGAAUGUUGUCGAGUGCUUCAAAUUUUUUUCACAGGAUUCGUUGGCUUAGACACAUUUCGUCAAAGAGAUUUAGCUAGAAAAAUAUCUACAUUACGUCAAAGCGUUCUCAAAACUGAACAAGUUUGCUACAAUAUAAAAGUGCGUGGUAGUGAAGCAGCAUUAUUAGGCGCUGGUGGAGAAGCAACUUAUCUUUCUUUCGUGGGAGAAGAAAAUGAUAAAAUUGAUGAAGACUAUUUCGAUUAAUUUGAAUUAUGAUCUUUUUUAAAGGGUAAAGCCUAAAAAUUUCUCUUUUUUUAUAUAAAGAAUUUAUUUAUAUUAUAUAUAAAAGUAUCAUUGGAAAAAUAAAAAGCUUUUAAAGUAUUUACAUUGAUUAA